AUGAGGAAGAUCACCGGCAAACACUUGUUGUUCUUCCUUCUGCUUGUCUUCCCGCUGUCCUGGGCAGAGGACGCGAAGAAAGACGUGAGGAAGAGUGAGAAUCGCACAGUUUGGAGCCAAGUGAAGACCAGACGACUGUUUGCGAGGCGAAAGAUCUCCCCAUCACAGGAAGUCACAAGUCACAUUUCUAGACACAAGUUAAAUUUGAUGACCCCAGCACGUCGCUGCAGCCGCCUGAUGGAGAACUGCUCCUCCUAUGUGCCAUGCUGUGACCCCUGCGCCUCCUGCCGCUGUCGACUUUUCAACACUAUCUGUCACUGCUGGAGAAUGAACCCCCUGUGCUUAAAGAAGACGUAG